UGCUUUAAACUUUGGGUUUUAUGAAAUAAUUAAAUGCAGAGUUAUGUUAACGGUAUGUCCUUGUUUCAUAGCGUUACUUUAUGUAGCUGUUCACGUGAGACAUGAUGUGUGUGGCAUGUUUCUUCAUGUGGUAACAGUAACGUUAACUUGCCUAGAAACGAAGAAACGGUUGUUGGACCUCCCUCGGCAUCGACUGAUCCUGUGGUCAAGUGUGUUGGAAGAAAGCAGACUUCCUGUUGCAAGCUUCUGCAAAACAUCUGAUUCCAAAGUACAAGCAGCAGCUUUCAACACAUGCUCCAGGGGAGUUUCCUGUCUCACCGCAGGAAUGCCUGGUGGAGACUACGGGGAGCUCGGGGCCAGCCUCCCUGCCAUCGCCUCCCUGAAUGCUUCCUACACUACGUCGCUGUCCUUCCCUUCCCCGUACCUGUUCGUACCACCCGCAGAGCGCAAGGUCAUCUCUGACGUCCGCCGCACCUUCUGCCUCUUCGUCACAUUCGAUCUGCUCUUCAUCUCCCUGCUGUGGAUCAUAGAGCUGAACAUCUCCAGCUCAAUCUGGGAAAGUUUAAAAAAGGAGGUCGUCCUUUAUGACUACAGGUCUUCCUUCUUUGAUAUCUUUCUCCUUGCUUUGUUCCGUUUCCUGUGUUUACAAGUGGGCUACGCUGCUUUUCGGUUGAAGCAUUGGUGGGUUAUUGCGGUUACCACCCUCGUGACCAGCGUCUUCCUAGUUGUGAAGGUCAUCGUGUCUAGCCUCCUGUCCCAGAAUGCAUUUGGGUAUGUGAUUCCCAUCACUUCCUUUGUGGUGGCCUGGCUGGAGACGUGGUUCCUUGACUUCAAGGUUCUCACUCAGGAGGCCGACGAUGAGAGAGCGUACCUGGCAGCGAUCAACGCAGCCUGUGAACGAGCCCCCAUGAUCUUCCCCCGCGCUGUUUCUGACGGACAGUUUUACUCUCCACCUGAAUCCAUCGCAGGCUCUGAAGAGGAUCUGGACGAGGAGGGUCUUGGACGCAGAGCUGUCACUGCACAGGAGAAGGAGUAUGUGAGACAGGGUCGGGAGGCCAUGUCUGUGGUGGAACAGAUCCUGGACCAGGAGGACAACUGGAAGUAUGAAAAAAACAAUGACAUGGGAGACUCCGUCUACACGCUGGAGAUCCCCUUCCAUGGAAAGACUUUCAUUCUGAAGGCCUUCAUGCAGUGUCCUGCUGAGCUCGUGUAUCAGGAAGUGAUUCUGCAGCCAGAGAAGAUGGUCCAGUGGAACAAAACCAUUUCUGCCUGUCAGAUCCUUCAGAGGGUUGACGACAACACUCUAGUAUCAUACGACGUCUCCUCUGGAGCAGCGGGGGGGGUUGUGUCCGCCAGGGACUUUGUGAAUGUUCGGCGAGUGGAACGCAAACGAGACUGCUACCUGUCUGCUGGCAUGGCAACCGACCAUGACGCCAAACCUCCAAUCGGUCGCUACGUCAGGGGAGAGAACGGGCCGGGGGGAUUUGCGGUCCUCAAAUCCAGCAGUAACCCGUCGGUCUGCACCUUCAUCUGGGUCCUCAACACAGACCUGAAGGGCCGACUGCCCCGCUACCUCAUCCACCAGAGUCUGGCCGCCACCAUGUUUGAAUUCAUGUCCCAUUUACGACAACGUAUCGUGGAGCUGCGGCCCUCUCUCCGCUCGCAUCAGCACACCUGAAACGGAGACGUCUGACUGGCCCACAGCUGGCCGAGAGGCGGCGCUAGCCGUUUUCUUUUAGUGGACUCCCAAGAACCCUGAGCAGGGACGGAAAAAUACUGCACGUCUAAUAAAAGGAGACGAAACACACGUGUCCGCAUUUAACACAUUUCAGUCACGAGAGAAGAGAAGAGGAGUUUUUCAGAUUUCAAAGACGAAACUUCAGCGCUGUUUUUGUUUUUAAGAGGCGUCAUCAAAUACAUAUUGUUCUGUGGACCUGUAAUUGUGUUCGCUGUGUCCCUCGGCAUGCAGUGAGAACUCUUGUUUCCCAAACCUGCCGAGUCAUCGCGUGGCCGGGUGGACAUUACUGAAACGAGGCUGAGGAUGCUUGGACAUCUGUCUCACGCGUUGCAAAAGACACUGUGCAAUGUCACGAAGCAGCGGUCUCUGUGAGCCGGAUCGCACGGCACACGCUGUUGGCCUUUUGAUUGGCUGCUCUUGUUUGUAUUACUUUGUGUGCAUGUUUUCACUGCACCAUCUUAAAUCUGUUUCUCUGGUGCACACCUCACAGCCAUACUUUCAACAAACACUUAAUAUGAAUGGGUGAAGUCACCUUCACUGACCCACGUAGUGAAAGCUUCCUAGUUUGACAUCAUCCCCCAUCCCCGGGUACAAACAUAUAUGUCUCUAACAUGUAAUCAACUAUUACUGAGGGGGUUUUAAUACUGCUUUUGUAUUGCACUUUAGAAUCCGCCAGGACGUGGAAACAGGAGUCAGAUCAGGGGUCAGAUCAGGAGUCAGAUCAGGGGUCAGAUCAGGAGUCAGAUCAGGAGUCAGAUCAGGGGUCAGAUCAGGAGUCAGAUCAGGAGUCAGAUCAGGGGUCAGAUCAGGGGGCUGCUUUGUGUUGCAAAGGUGCUGAUGUUCAUGAAGUAGGCUGCUGUAUACUUAAUAAAGCUAUCGUUGGUGCCAAAUACCUCUAGUGGCCUUAUGGUGAAGUAGCUGACUUGUGUGUCUUCAGAAAGGUUAACUGUACUGAUGUGAUUGCUGGGCCUCCCUCCCCCCCCCCCCCCCCCCCCCGCCCAGAGAUGUGGCACUAAAUGAUGUUUUACUAUCAUUUCUUACCCCGUGGAACACAAUGUAUUUUUUUAAUCAAUUGCAAAUGUUGCUUCUAGCUUGUUAGUUUCUUUUUUUUAGCUUUGUUUCAAAGUCUGAAAGUCCUGAAUUGUCUUUGCGUCUGUAAGUAGACGGGCCAGGUGCAUCAUUCUCACCAGUCGCAUCCGCUCCACAAUAUAGUUCCAUAAUCCUGCUGACAAACCCAAAACAUAACCUCCUUUAGAGGUCGGAGGUAAUAAAACUAAUAAAAGACUGAGGUCUGAUUUAUUGUCUGAAGUUA